UAGCUACAAUGCGACCGGAAGAGGCCAGAUUUACCCCCUUCAAAAUAAACUGGAACAUUUGUUUUUCAAAGAAAUAGAAUAGAAGCCUUUUAUUGUCAUUGUACAUGUAAAACUGUACAACGACAUUUUUGACAAAUUUUACCCCACUGGUGCAUUUGCAUAACAAACAUACUUUAAAAGAACAGUGAGUAAAAAAGAAUAUAUAUAUAAACAUUAUAUAAAUAGGAGUAUAUAUAUAUAAAAUGUCUCGAUUUGAUUAUGUUGACUGAGCAUAAUAGUGCAGAUAGAAUGUAAACGGGUGGUUAUGCUAGUGAUGAUUGUACAUUGUCCAUAAUUGCACAUUUCCCAGAUUGAAAUUGUGGGUCACUCGGUCUGGCUGCACCCUGUAGAACGUGUAUAUCUCAAAGUAAAUACAAACAACAUCGAUAUAUUCAAUAAUUACAUUUUACUUUAAAUUUUUUCAACUUUUGUGAGCUAAAAUGCGCCUCAAGAAAUCCAUUUUUGCGAAAACAUAUUUUAAGCUGAAGUGUCUGACCGGAAGUUUAUUUUUUUAACUUUGAGUAACUUGAUAAUUUUCCUCCGCACCAAAACAAAUGCGAAAUAAUAAAGUAUGACGUAGUUCCGCUUCCUCGUACACGUUUUAGAGGCGAUCGCAGAUUGGUUACUGCCACCUGCUGGACAAAUCACGUAAGUUCAAUUUCACAUCACUUUAUUACAACUAAGAAUUCAUAUCUUGUAUUGAAAAUGUUUCACUUAAGACGUUAUUGCCUAAUUAUAUUCUCAUGCUAAUUUGCUAAUUUAGAUUAGAUUAGGUUAUUUUACAAAGUUAUCGUGUCUGUUGAAUUUCAAACCUCCAUAAUUUUAUAAGAGAUAAAGAAUUUUACGAAUUCAAAGUAGGAAAAAAACUACCAUAUUGAUUAACAGAAUAUCAUGGGAGUAAAUGUCAGAUAAAACUCUUUUUUUAAAUUAAUAAUGGAUCUUUUGAUAAACUGGAAAGUACAAAAUGAUACUUGUUGAUUCACUGGGCUCAAAAAGUAAUGUCAUUUUCCAUUUGCCAUCACUGUGGUUGUUGUUUCGACUCGAUCCGACUGACUAAAAUGAUCAAAGGAUGAAAUCAACUUUACGACAUUUGAAUAAAGUCAUUCAAAUUAACAGGUUUCCUUGGCUGCACAUUUCUUUCAGGCUAAUUUACAUGCACCAAUUUCCCCACCCUGCAGGUCUACUGUAGUAAAGCCUCGCUUGGAUGUUUGCAUGUGGUUUUUUAUGUGUAUAUUUAUUUUCUUGGCACUGAUAUGAAAAAUGGUGUCAGCUUUUUCCUCCUGUGAGCUGUAUUCUAAGGAAAGUGUUGACAUGCUGGGGCAGUAGCACUGUAGGAUAUAUAGCGUAGCACUGUAGGAUAUAUAGCGUAUAUAGAGCCAAGCUGCUGCCAAGUCGUUGAACAAAACCUCACGCUGCCCGGUGGCACUUCAACAUGAAUGUGAGACAAAAUUACAGUUUGUGUUGUGUGUGUGUGUGUGUGUGUGUGUGUUUGACUAUUGACAAGUCCACACAGUGCCCCGUCGGAAUGUGUUUGUGUGUGUGUUCGUGUUUGAGAAGGCUUUGUGACAAAACCACUUUACGACAAAAAACACUGUAUGUGGACUGGAACACACACACACACACACACACACACACAAACACAUACAAUCCAAUUAACUUUGGAAACGGUUUUGUUUUAAUUGCUACUGUUGGCCUGAUGGGACCCCGCGCACCAUGGUGGCGUCAGGUGACUGGGCUGCUUGCAGGCACGGCCCUGCAUCAUGCCUGUGCGCGCGCGUAAUACAUGCAUUCAUGUGCAAGCUUGCAAAUUUUUUUACACCCCCUGGCUCGUGCAUAAAGGACACAGUCGAAUUCCUUCGGGGGCUUCAGACGGCAAAAAUGACAAGCCCGCGGGAUGCUGCCGCCGCGCUCCCUCCAAGCGGAGCCGGCUGCGCGCUUUUACGCGCGGCUGCCGCACCGAGCUCACCCAGAAAGACCCCGAGGGUUACGGUGAUGCUGCUGCUGCUGCUGCUCGCCCGGGUCCGGCCCGCGUCCGCUCACCCCCAGUGUCUGGACUUCGAGCCCCCCUUCAAGCCGUUCUGGCACCUGGAGUUCUGCAGGCAGUACGAGCAGUUCGGCUGCUGCGACCAGACAACGGACAACAUGAUCGCGGAGAGAUACUGGGACAUCGUGGAGCACCUGGAGGUGGAGGGUCUGGAGCUCUGCGCAGACGUGUUGAUGGAAAUCAUGUGCCAGGAGUGUUCUCCGUACGCCGCCCACCUUUUUGAUGCCGAGGACCCCUACACGCCCGUCAGAGACCUGCCGGGCCUCUGCUUCGACUACUGCUCCGACUUCCAUGGCAAAUGUCGCCAUGUGGUCAAAUACCUAACCGAGAACAAGCUGCUGCGGGACACGGCCGAGCGGGACGCGGCCACGUUCUGCAACGUGGCCAACCUGUCCGACCAGGACUACUGCUACCCCAACGUCCUGAAGAGCCCCGACCUCGUCGGCACCCUGGGCCAGGUGGUGGAAGACCCCAAGGGGUGUCUCCAGCUGUGCCUGACCGAGGUGGCCAACGGCCUCAGGAACCCCGUCUUGAUGCUGCACAGCGGCGACGACACGCACCGGAUGUUCAUCGCGGAGCAGCUGGGCUUCGUGUGGGUGUACCUGCACGACGGCAGCCGAGUGGAGCAGCCCUUCCUGGACCUGAGCGGGGAGGUGCUCAGCACGCCCUGGCUGGGCGACGAGAGGGGCUUCCUGGGCAUGGCGUUCCACCCCAGGUACCGGGACAACGGGCGCUUCUUCAUCUACUACUCCAUCCGGGUCAACGGCAAGGGGGAGACGAUCAGGAUCAGUGAGAUGAGGGUGUCCGAGCACGAUAUGAACAUGGCCGACCCGUACACGGAGAGGGUCAUUCUGGAGAUCGAGGAGCCAGCUGCGAACCACAACGGAGGCCAGCUGCUGUUUGGUUUGGAUGGACACCUGUACAUUUUCACUGGGGAUGGCGGAAAAGCCGGGGAUCCAUUUGGGAAGUAUGGCAACGCACAAAACAAGAGCGCUCUGCUGGGAAAAGUGCUCCGAAUCCAUGUGGACGGAGGCGCCUCGGCCGGCGGGAUGCCGUACACGGUCCCCGCCGACAACCCGUUCGUGGACGACCCGGACGCCCGGCCGGAGGUGUACGCGUACGGGGUCCGAAACAUGUGGCGGUGCUCCGUGGACCGCGGAGACCCCGUCGGCCGCCGCGGCAGGGGUCGGAUAUUCUGCGGGGACGUGGGCCAAAACCGCUACGAGGAGAUCGACAUCAUCGUGAAGGGAGGAAACUACGGCUGGAGGGCCAAGGAGGGCUUCGAGUGCUUCGACCUGAAACUGUGCCAGAACUCCUCGUUGGACGACGUCCUGCCCAUAUUUGCGUACAGCCAUCACGUGGGGAAGUCCGUGACGGGGGGAUACGUGUACCGGGGCUGCGAAUCGCCCAACCUGAACGGCCUGUACAUUUUUGGAGACUUUAUGAAUGGUCGAAUAAUGGCAUUGGAGGAAGAUAAGGCCACGGGAAACUGGAAGGAGAGGAGCGUGUGCAUGGGCGACAAGGAAACCUGCUCUUUCCCGGGACUCGUCAACCACUACCACAAGUUCAUCAUCUCGUUCGCGGAAGACGAAGCAGGGGAGUUGUACUUCCUGGCCACCACGUACCCCAGCAACACGUCUCCGUUUGGAGCCGUUUUCAAAUUCAUGGAUCCCUCCAGGCGAGCUCCUCCGGGCAAAUGCAAGCAGAAGCCGGUGCCUGUCAAAGUGAAGGGGAAAAGGAUUCCGUUCGUGCCCAGGGAAUUGACCGUGCUGGACACAAACGCAAAACCGACGAGACCACCACCGAGAAACCUCAAGCUCACCACCCAACCGCCGCGCACGAGCAGCCGGGCCCAACCUACGACGACGGCGACGACGGCGACGGCGUCAGCCGCCGCGCCAACGACGGCGGCAGGCACGGUCGCAGUAAAGUGGAAAUUAGGCGACAAGAACGCGAGAAAGAAAAGCACAUUGAAGCCGUUGAGCAAAAACAAAGUUCCGAGCAGGCAGGAGGCACAAGCGAAGAAGAACGCUUUGUGGCAGAAAUACAGAGAGGAGCAGUUGAAGAAGAAGAAGAAGAAGAAGAAGACGAAGUCCGCCGCGCCGAAGCCCGGCGGCGCCGGAGACAAAGUCAAACCAAAGAGCGAGAAAACCGCCGCGGAUGAGUCGAAAGCGAACCCCCUAGAGGCGUCCGGCCGCCUGAAGGACGUCACGAUCCACGCGAAGGGGAAGGUCCCGCCUAGGACGAACUUGAACUUAAGAAACAACAGGACAAUGAGAAACCAACUUCGGGGAAAGAGCAAGCAGGUGAAAGUCAAAGACGCCGCAGCACUUUAAAACUUUUCUUUCUUUUUAUUUUAUUUAGUAAAGGAAAUGUUUUAUAUAUAUUAUUUGGGGGAGAAUACGCGUUGAUCUGCUUCGAAGAGUUGGAUGAUGAAUACUGGUGCGAGAGCCUGUUCGAUGGACAUGAAUCAGCACCUACAGUAGAGAGCUCGUCUGUUAUCAUGUUUUAGUCCUGAAGCGUUAAAAAUGACACAAAAUCACAAAGUUGAAUCUGCCCAAUAAAUCAGACGUGAUGUUUUGACACUUUGGUUCCCAUGGAAAAUAAAAAAAAUACAGGAUAUAAUAUA